AUGUGUCGAUACAAGUUUCAUCACUACCCUGGCUGCGGCCACAUUGCCACCUUUGGCAUGGAGAGCUGCCCCGACAUCCUCGUGUCUAUGCGCCAGCAUAAGAGCGAGAUGUACUGCGAAAAGUCCGUGUUCACCCAUGACCUCGUCUUUGGUAAUGAUGCCAAUGACUGUGGCAAGUGUAAGGCUGAGCCAAGCGUUGGACGUAACCCACCUGAUGAUAGUGACUGGCAAUAUACCGAGCUUGAAGGUACGGAUUUGGUGUCCAAAGGAUACCCUUUCAGUGGCACUGCGCCCGUCAACCUGGGCAGUGUCGCGGAAAGAGCCCUCUCGACUAUGAGAUGUGUGCUUCACAGGUGCCUUCCGAUGGACUUCUCCUAUGAACCGAGUUGCGCAAGUGUCGGCAGCGACGACGGCCAGCGGAAGAUGGACGCAGGAAAUGCCCCCUUGUAUGUGGACCCCUCUGAGCUUCAGGCUUCCCCAUCGUGCGUCGAAUCUCCUCAGCAUUCUCCUGUGGAACUGAGCGCCUCCCGCGAGAUCGACCCCCUCAAACCAGCAAAGGAGUCCUGUGCCCCUGUCACGCCCUCUGACUCUUUGGCUUUCCUGAGUGAGCCCAACGCCGGUGACCCGUUUUUGACUGAUUCAAAGCGACAGAGAAAAAGGCCUGCGCCCAUCAUCACCAACAUCCCUGUCGACACUGACGCGUGCGUUGCUCCUCGGGUGACCCCUUCCCCUGAGUUGUCGAACGCCCAGGAUGAUGCAAUCAGUGAGCGGACACCUCUUCCGUCCCCCAGAUUCAAGGUCCCGGAAUAUACAAAGCCAAGGAGUGAUCCUGUGGAUUUCGACGACGCUCAGAGCCCCUUCGGAACGCGUCAGAUUGAUUUCACCUAUGAGCCUUGGGAAGAGAUGCCCGACGAGUCGCCUGUUGUCAAGUUUCCCAACAAGGCCGCGGAUUUCUACCAGUCCCCUGUUUCUAAUCAGGAACUGACGCCCACUGGCAGUGAGGAGAGUAAUCUUGACUGCGAUGACUUCGAGCUCAUUGACCCCUCUGACGACAGGGAGUCUGGCCAAGGAUCCCGUGUUGGUCGCGAGGUCUCCUAUUUCAGUGAUGACUCGGACUCGGACUCGAACUCGGACGAUAUCUUGCGCAAUGAAGACGAGGACAGCAUGGAUAAUACCGACGCGGAAGCAUCCAAAGAGCCGUCCAAAGAGUACCCAGUGAUGCAACCCUAUUUCGAUUCCUACAACUAUGGAAUGUUUUGGGGGCCUAAACGCCAGGGCAGUGACACCACCCCCAAGGGCAAAACCACGGAUAAUCCCAUGAUAGCCCCGAAGGGUGUCCGGAGUGAGCCAGAAGCUAAGCUUCAGGCGUUCAUUGAAGAGUGGAGUAUGCCCCUUCACGCCGCGCCCCAAGCUCCCAAGAAACGCUAUAGUGAAUUCACCGAAUGGAUCCAAUCUCUCAGGGACGCUCGGCGGAAGAAUAUCGCCCAGGCCCCCAGCGAGGGAACCUUGGUCUUCGGCGCCAGUGAAGAAACCUAUUCUUCGCUGCCAAGGGGCCGUCUGCCAACGCCUCCAGGACCCGCACGGUCGCCUUUGAUCCCGACAUAUCCAGUGAACCAGGACCGGGCGCCGCAAGAGCCCGAGGAUGUGCCUCCAGCCAAAAAUUCGCCAUGGGUGCCCCCUCGAUACCGCAUCAGCCCACCACUGAAGUCCGUCGAGGGAGUGACCAAGCCGACCUAUGCUCACCGUCGGAGCUCUUCGCCUCCUUCACCUGAUAAGUCCUUCACAAAGAGCUCAGCUUGGUCCAUCCUGCUGAGUGAAAUGCUGCCUGGAUGUGAUGUUUACUGGUAG